CCCAGGGUCAUACAGCUAGUAAGUGUCUGAAGCCACAUUAGAACUCAGGAAGAUGAAUUUUCCAGACUCCCGAUCUGGCCUUCUAUCCACUUGUCACACAUGAAAUGGUGACAGUAAUUGUCUAUAUCCCAUCUUUUUCUCCAACCUCCAGGCCUUGCAACUGGCAUGUAAGGAUAUAUACAACUGAAUGUAGACAGGGCAUUUUAGGCAGAAUUUACUCACUAAACCUUUCCAUCUCCAAAAUUCUUCUCGCAUACUUUAAACCAAUCUACAAUUACAUUUCCUUAAUCGGAUUAAAACCCCGGCCAGACACACCAACUGGGAUGUUGUUUUUAUUAGAUCACAGGAUUUACUGGGCAAGGAAAGAGACUGGAGGGAAAUAAAGGUAUAUCUCGUCGACAUCAACCUGGAAUGGUGAAAAAAAAAACUUCCUUGCAAGCAAAAUCUACCUUUGGCUUCUGAACUUCUUAAGCUGUUUGUUUUUCCAUCCCUAAACACAACUGCUUACCCACCCACACAACCCACCCACACAGUCACACCCCUCACUCCCCAUGCCCAACACCCUCUUCAGGACAAUUAAACUCCAUUUCAGAGAAAUUCGAAGAAAGGGGGAGGGGAGAACUCCUUUGCUACUUUGUUACAAUUCUGCAGGAAGAGGGAAGGGCAAGGUUAAUGGAAGAAAAUUGGGUAGUAACACCAAGGGAAUCAGACUCCUCCGGGUUCCCAGACAAAUAAGGGCUAUACAAACAACAAUAAUUUGCAUCCCUUUUCAGUUGUAAUGAACUUCAAUCCUCGAUGUUUCCCAGAGAGCCAUUCAAAAGCUAGAAUGACUGGGUUUCAUAAGCUUAAGUGACAACAGGGCUUAUUUGUCCCCAUUUCCACUUUCUCAUCUUGAUAGGACCCAAACAUUUUGGACGUCCUGCUGAGAGUCAGUUAACUAACGCUUCUUAGAAACGAAACUUACUAAAGUUUCCAAUUAUGCUUCUUUUCUCUGUCUGAGCCCACGCCUGGUGGGUAGAAGUGAUGUUUUUAUUCCAUCGUGGAGCAGGCUUGUGUGGGGCGGGAGAUGGGGGUGUAAGUUAGGGAUGGAGGAGGGGGAGUCUCUCUAUGUGUGUUGACUUUCUGCCCGACUUUUUAGCAGUAGAGCGGAAACGAGAGCCAGGGGUUGGUAAGUGACGUACAGUAGUACAAAGGUUACUUUGUAUGACUCCCCGGCUCAUGGAGAGACAACUGGACAGUCAGUCAUUCAAUCCCGCCUUCAGCAGCGGCUGUGGCAGCCGCAGCGGCUUGCAGCCAGCCACUCGAGUUGCAAAUUUAAGAAAGAAGGAAGAAAAAGUUACAGGCGAAGAGAGAUCGGUCUGAACUCAGGGUGGUGUGGGCGGAGGUGGCAGCAGCGGACGAAGGAGGGAUUGUAGCACAGUACAGGAACUGGAGAGGCGGGGGAGGGGGGAGUGAGGGUGGAAGGAGGAGGACUCGUGUAUCUCUACUCCCACAGAGCGAGGCGUUUCCACCCUUCUCUUCCCAAGGGCUGGGAGCCCUGAGUUGAAAGACAGUGAUGAAGAUCACUUAAGAGGCUGGAGUAGGGAGAGUACGGGACGUACACACCCAGAUCUGGGGGGUGGGGGAGAGGGAAGAGGGAGAGAGAGAAAAGAGAGCGGGAGUGACUGCUAGAGAGAGGCUCCCCGGCUGAGUUUUAGCCUGAGAAGUUGUAGCAAGUAACCGCCGGACCACUUAGAUCAUCCUUGGGGCUGAACAAACAGGGGAAGCUUUGGAGACCAUGGGGACAGACGGAGGAGCGAGAAGGAAAGAAACAGCAGCAAGAGAAGAAGGGGAUCAGGGGCAGGAGGAGCCGCGGAGACACAGACAGCAGCAGCGGCACCGGCGAAGGAGGGAGAGCAAGACCAGGACUGUGCGCUCCAACCUGCUGCCGCCCCCAGGGGGUGGGGAGCCCGAUGUGGCUACUAAAGGGGCUCCCCAUCGGUGGUGGUGGAGUCAGGGAGGCUCCCAGUACCUGGCUGACAACCGGCUGAAGACGACCAAGUACACCGUGCUGUCCUUCCUGCCCAAGAACCUCUUUGAGCAGUUUCAUCGCCUGGCUAACGUGUACUUCGUCUUGAUCGCCCUGUUUAACUUUGUGCCUGUCCUGAACGCCUUCCAGCCCGAGCUGGCCUUGGCGCCGGUGCUCUUCAUCCUGGCAGUCACCGCCAUCAAGGACCUUUGGGAGGAUUACAGCCGCCACCGCUCGGACCACGAGAUCAACCACCUGGACUGCCUUGUCUACUGCAGGGAUGAAAAGAAAUUUGUGAACCGAUACUGGAAAGAAGUCCGAGUUGGAGAUUUUGUUCAGCUUCGAUGUAAUGAGAUCAUACCUGCUGACAUAUUGCUGCUUUCUUCGAGUGACCCUGAUGGUCUCUGUCACAUUGAAACAGCCAACCUGGAUGGAGAAACCAAUUUGAAACAGCGGCAGGUGGUGAGGGAAUUUUUAGAGCUGGAUGCUGAAUUUAAUCCCUUGAAGUUCACCAGUAUAAUCGAAUGUGAGAAGCCAAAUAACGACCUGAGUAGGUUUCGAGGUAACAUUAUACACGAAAAUGGGAAGAAAGCUGCACUUUAUAAAGAAAAUCUAUUGCUGCGUGGAUGUACCAUUAGAAAUACAGAAGAGGUAACAGGGAUAGUCAUCUAUGCAGGACAUGAGACUAAAGCUUUGCUAAACAACAGUGGGCCACGUUACAAGCGAAGUAAGCUUGAAAGACAAAUGAAUAUGGAUGUCCUUUGGUGUGUCCUUAUACUCAUAGUCAUGUGUCUGUUUUCAGCUGUUGGUCACGGACUAUGGGUACGGCAGUAUGGAGAGAGGAAGAAACCAUUAUUUGAUGUCCCACAAUCGGAUGGCAGCGAUUUGUCUCCCGUUCUAGCUGCAGUAUAUUUAUUUUUGACGAUGAUAAUAGUUCUUCAGGUUCUAAUCCCGAUUUCCUUGUAUGUUUCCAUUGAAAUUGUCAAAAUAUGUCAGGUGUUUUUUAUUCACCAAGAUAAAGAACUAUAUGAUGAAGAAACAGACUCCAAACUACAGUGUCGAGCCCUGAAUAUCACAGAAGAUUUAGGACAGAUACAAUAUAUUUUCUCCGAUAAAACUGGCACUCUCACUGAAAACAAGAUGAUUUUCCGAAGAUGCACUGUUUCUGGCAUAGAAUACUCACAUGAUGCUAAUGCUCGGCGCAUAGCUAUGUACCAGGAGGCUGACUCGGAAGAGGAUGAAGCUGCUCCCAAGGGAGGAACGCUAUCCCAGCGGGGCAGCAUCGGUAGUCACCAAAGUGUCAAGGUGGUUCACAGAACGCAGAGCACCAAAUCCCACAGACGGACGGGCAGCCGAGCCGAAGCAAAGAGAGCCAGCAUUCUAUCCAAACAUACAGCUUUCAGCAGCCCAAUGGAAAAGGACAUUACCCCUGAUCCAAAACUAUUUGAGAAGGUAAAUGAAUGUGCUAGGUGUCUGGAGAUCAUGAGAAACCAGGAGAAGUCACUGUCCCAUCUCACUCCGGAACUCGCUGACAUUUUUGACUUCUUCAUAGCCCUGACCAUCUGCAAUACAGUCGUAGUGACAGCCCCCAAUCAGCCAAGGCACAAGGUGAGAGUUAGGUUUGAGUUGAAGUCUCCAGUGAAGACCAUAGAAGAUUUCAUCCGAAGAUUCACUCCUAGCCGCCUGACUUCUGGAUCGAACAGUGGAAGCUCCUCAAGCCUCUCUACCAGCAAAUCGACCCACAAAACGGGCUCCAGCUUUCUGUCCACACUGUCCACUGAGAGUACCCUGCUCAAACUCGAAGCUGGACUGACCCGCUCCUCCCCGAAGAUGAAUACCAACGGUUAUGGUGUGCAGCCUGGAGGCGGCUGGGCAACCGAGAAUGGACUCAAAGAGGGGGAGCUUCGUUACGAGGCUGAGAGUCCCGAUGAAGCCGCCCUUGUCUAUGCAGCCAGAGCCUACAACUGCUCCCUCGUUGGCAGGCUGCCCGACCAGGUUUCUGUAGAACUCCCUUACCUGGGGAGGUUAACCUUUGAGCUUUUACACACGCUGGGCUUUGACUCCAUCAGGAAGAGGAUGUCAGUGGUGAUCAGGCAUCCCCUUACGGAUGAAAUAAAUGUUUACACCAAAGGAGCAGAUUCAGUGAUGAUGGAUCUUCUUCUGCCUUGCUCUUCAGAUGACUCAAGAGGAAAGCACCAAAAAAAAAUUCAAAGUAAAACUCAGAAUUAUCUGAACUUCUAUGCGGCAGAUGGAUUACGUACCUUAUGUAUUGCCAAGAAGGUUCUAAGUAAAGAAGAGUAUGCCUGCUGGUUACAAAGCCAUUUGGAAGCAGAAUCCUCACUGGAGAACCGGGAUGAGCUGCUGUUCCAGUCUGCAAUCCGUCUGGAGACCAAUCUACACCUAUUGGGGGCAACGGGCAUCGAAGAUCGCUUACAGGAUGGCGUCCCAGAAACUAUUGCUAACUUGCGACAGGCUGGACUGCAGAUAUGGGUUCUCACUGGGGACAAACAAGAAACAGCCGUUAAUAUUGCCUAUGCCUGCAAACUGCUUGACCACGAUGAAGAAAUCAUUACUCUGAAUGCUGAAUCACAGGAAACAUGUGCUGCUUUAUUGGAACAGUGUUUAUACUAUGUGGAGUCAAAAUUUUCAGACAGUGAAGUGAAGAAAUCUCUUGGAAAGGUGAACGUUGGGGUGGCUUCUCUCCACCCACCUUCCCCAUCUGCUGCCACAUGCCCCAACUUAGGCCUCGUGAUCGAUGGGAAAACUCUGGCAUAUGCACUGGACAAAACCUUGGAAGACAAAUUUCUUUCCCUAGCUAGGAGAUGCCGUUCAGUCCUGUGCUGUCGAUCUACUCCAUUACAAAAGAGCAUGGUGGUAAAGCUGGUCAGAAACAAACUGAAAGCCAUGACCUUGGCAAUAGGUGAUGGAGCCAAUGACGUCAGCAUGAUCCAAGUAGCUGAUGUUGGUGUGGGAAUCUCUGGUCAGGAAGGCAUGCAGGCGGUGAUGGCAAGUGACUUUGCAGUCCCGAGGUUCCGACAAUUGGAGAAGCUUCUGCUUGUUCAUGGACAUUGGUGCUACUCCCGACUUGCUAAUAUGGUGCUCUAUUUCUUCUACAAAAAUGCGAUGUUUGUGGCCCUUCUAUUUUGGUACCAGUUUUACUGUGGAUUCUCCGCAUCUUCCAUGAUUGAUCAAUGGUUUUUGAUCUUCUUUAAUUUAUUGUUUUCAUCGCUUCCUCAAUUAAUUACUGGAGUGCUCGAUAAAGAUGUCCCAGCUGAAAUACUGGUUACCGUACCUCAGCUCUACAAAAGUGGACAGAACACGGAGGAAUACCAGCCCUAUAUGUUUUGGAUGAACAUGAUUGACGCCACCUAUCAAAGCCUGGUUUGCUUUUUCAUCCCUUACUUCGCCUACCAUGACUCUGAUGUUGAUAUAUUUUCCUGGGGAACUGUCAUCACGACGAUAGCUCUCUUCACCAUCAUACUGCAUUUGGGCAUUGAAACCAAAACCUGGACCUGGCUCCACUGGACAGCAUGUAGCUUCAGUAUCCUUAUAUUUUUCAUUGUGGCUUUGGUGUACAAUGCCUCUUGUUCAACGUGUUUUCCUCCAUCUAACCCUUACUGGACUAUGCAAAGGUUAAUGGGUGACCCCAUGUUUUACUUGACUACUAUCAUAUCAUCUGUUGUGGCCUUAUUGCCUCGAUUUUUGUAUAGAACAUUCCAAGGGACACUCUUCCCAACCCAGCUGCAGCUGGGGCGCCAGUUGGCCAGGUGGGGCCCAAAGGAAUUCAGUGUUCACAAAGACACCAUUUCUCAGCAACAUCCUGUAGGAGAGCAAGGAUUGGAGAGCACAGCUUCGAAGGGCAGUGAUACCUCUGGACCCCAUCCUCAAGACCACUCUCCACUAGCAUCUCAGUCUGGACAUCAACCAGCUUCUGUAACAGAGUCAAGGAGUGGGCACAGGACAGCAAAUGUGAAUGCCCAGUCCUUGAAGAACACUGUGAUGGACAGCUUAAGGGGACACUCUCCAGUGCCCCAGAGACCAGAAGGUGCUGUCCAAGAGGGACCACCUGGUGAUUCUGAGGGGGAAUCCUCCACCAGAGAAGUAUCCCCUCUGUCCUCUAUUCUAGACCUGCCAGAUUUCAGUUUACUAAACUGGAUUUCCUCCACACCAUUGUUUAAUGGGUUUGGAAGAGCCUUUCGGUUCUCUCAGAGUAGUUUACAAACUGACGUGCUGGGUAGCACAUUUUUCUCCAUUGGCUCCCAGCUGGAUCAGGACUUAAAAGGUUUAAAAAGAGAGACCUCAGACUGCUUCCAGGAGAAAGUUAAAGGGACUGCUGCUGUUUGCCACAACAGUGAAAAUCUUGAAACAACCUUUUUAUAACAUGGACUUUAAUAAUAUUUAUGUUUUCUAUUUGCACAGAAGAGUUAUAGUAAAAAUGUCUUUAAGUGUUUCCAGGACUGAAACAGGAAAUUAGAGGUACCAAAAAGAAAAAAAAAGGUUUAUUUUUUAAAUUUUAAGUAGAGUAUAUUGAAAAACACCAGAGCUUUAAAGUAUAAGAAAAAAGUUGCACUUGAAAAUUACAUUUAAAUCUAUUUUUUCAUCUCAUUUUAUAAGAAAAUGCAGUAUGUUUUAUUUCCUUCAAAAUGCUUUACUUAACAUCCUGUCUGGAAGUAUAAGCAUCAUACCUAGUUCCCAGGGCAUUGGUUUUCAUUGCCGUUUUAUGGCAGGAAUAUAGAUGGCUAUCAGGGAGACAUCAUUGUAAACUCUCAAACGGCAAAUCCCACCAUGUGUGUUGCUCAUCUCGUCACAAAAAGAAGGGUAAGGCAGAAUUUCAGGAAAAUGAAAAGCAUGAACACUCAUUCCGUCCUCUAAUGUCAUGCAGAUAGUUUAUAAAUAUCACAUUAUGAGUAUUUCAUCCCCUAUGUUGUACUUCACCUGUUUAAAACCAUAACAAACAAUAAAUAAUGUUCAUAUUGCAAAAAAAAAGAGUGUCCCCUGUUACCAUCAGCCAGUUUGCACAUUUAUACAUUCUAGGUUAUGUUUCGAGGGUGGCGUAAUACUCACAGCCUGUCGGGACCUUUGUGUAUUAUGAAGAAAGUGGUGUGGUAAAACAGAAUGCAGUAGUGCCAUUUCUUAGUAUUUGAUGCUUACUAGCUGCACUUCUCUGGCCUCUGUUUCCUUAUCUGUAAAAUGAGGGGGUUGGAUUCAACCACCUGUAAGGUCCCUUUUAACUCUGAGUCGAUGAUCCUAUUAUACCUGAUUCAGAGCCAUAUCUUAAGUCAAAUCAACAAGCAUUAAUUAAGCACCUACUAUGUGCCAGGCAUUGUGCUAAGCUCUGAGGAUACAGAAAAAGACAAGAAACCGGAGGCUUAGAGUCUACCAGGAAAGACAAACGAUGUGUAAACACAAUAUCCACAGGAUGAAUUGGAGAUAAGUUUAGAAAGAAGGCAGGAAGAUUAAGGAAGACUAGGAAAGCCUUCUUGCAAGUCCCUAAAGGUGAGACUUUAGCUGAGAUUUGGAGGAAGUCAGGAAGCCAGGAGACAUUGACAAGAAGGGAUAGUAUUCUAGGCACAGAGGACAGCUAGUGAAAAUUCCUCGAGUUGGGAGAUGAAGUGUCGUGUUAAAGGAGCGGCAAGGAGGUCAGUGUCAUUAGAUCACAGAGAACAUGUAGGAAGUCACCUAGUUAGAAUGUAGAGAGGCAGGGGACCUUAUUCCAACUUCCUCAUCAUAUAUUCAAGGAAGCACAAAAAUAUGCAACAUCUUGCCUAAGGUCACACAGGUAGGAAGAUGCCCCUUUGAAAAGAACACUGGAUUUGAAGUCAAAACUUAAUAAAAACUGGAAAUGAGGCGAAAGUGAUACUGAGAGUAUGAAUGGUUUCACCAUCUUUCUAUGCUUCUAUGGUAAUGAGAAUGGACCCCUGAACAUGUCUAUUUCUGCUCUAUCCUGGUUUCCAUACAUGUGCAAAACUACUGCCUCACUAAAUACCAUUUGGUGUCUGAUUGGAAUUCUGACUCUCUAUGUGGUUGUUCAAAGAAUAGAAUGUCUGUUUCCUAUGUCCUUGGUAUAAGCCAGCUACUUCCAAGAAGGUAGCACGGUCGAGUGGAUACACAGAUGGAUUGGGGGCAGGGCGGAGGCUUUAUAACUCUGGAUUUCCCCCUGCCCCCAGGUUUCUCAUUUCCUGAACUUAUAAACCUGCUUUACAAAUUACAAACUUAUCCUUUUUUUCCAGAUGAACCUUAAGGAGACCUACUUAACACUUAUUCCAGCUCAAUGUCCCAGGUUUGUGAAAAGGAGAAAAAAUUAAUUUAGAUAAGUGAUAACUAAAAUGGAUAUACAAGGUUAGUCUGCUGAUGGAUAUUAUGAAUCUCUCAGGGAUGAGUAGACAAGGAUCUCUGAGACACAUCAUUAUCAUUCUAUAGAACCCGGGUUCAGAUAUCACCUCCAUCACAUAGGCAACUCAUUUCACCUCUCUGGACUUCAGUUUCCUAAUGUAUAAAAUGCAGGGAUUGGACUAAAUGACCUCUAAGGUCCCUUCCUAUGCUAUGUGUUGAG